AUGUCUAAUUUGAAUGAAUUCUUGUGAAUUCUGUAUUACGUAGUUUGUUUUUAGAUAAACGUGAAAUAUAAAUAUUUUGAUUGAACGCCACUGUUUACGUUGAUAAUGGACGAGGUGUUUUUACAAUUUGUUAGUUUUCGUACAACAGCCAGAGUUAUAUUAUUAAUGUGUAUAAAAUAAAACAUUGUUUUGCAAUUAUUUCAAACUCGCUUUCGUUCGGGUUGUUAUCAAACGUAAAAAAGUGAAAUAAUACUUUUAAAAAGGUCAGUUCUGUUCAUUACUAUUAAAAAAAAUGGUUUCAAUGAGGCGUUUCGAGGUUAAAACAUAAAAGUGAUUAAGAAAAUGAUCCCAGGUAAUUGAGAACGAUCAACAUCGAAAAUGGAUUGGAUUACGGGCGAUUUGAUAUGGUUCGAUCCAGGAGUCGGUCAUUGGAUACCAGGAGAAGUUCUAGAAUGCCACAAAAGCGCGAACGUACUUACCGUCCAAGCCAUCAUAAACGGAAAGGUUCAAACGUUCGCUUUGGCUGAGGGUGAAGGUCAGGUACGUCGCCGGCAAGAUUUGGGCGCUAAAGGUGUGGAAGACAUGGUGGAUCUAGUGGAUCUUCACGAAGCAGCUCUGUUAUGGAAUCUCAAGCUGCGAUACGAUCAUGAUUUAAUAUAUACUUACGCGGGUUCCAUUUUGGUAGCUGUAAAUCCUUACAGGAACUUCGACGAGAGUUACGGUUUGGAAACUGCGCAAAGUUAUAGAAGCAAAAUGAUUGGAGAUCUUCCACCUCAUAUAUUCGCUUUGGGAGCCGCUGCUUAUUCGGCGUUGCCAGUUCCGCAGGUUGUGGUGAUUAGCGGUGAAAGCGGUGCUGGGAAAACGGAAUCGACGAAAUUGGUAAUGCAAUAUUUGGCAGCCGUAGCUCCUUCGGCUCCUAGGAAUCAAGCUUUAGUAACUGAACAAAUUUUGGAAGCUACGCCGCUUUUGGAAGCGUUCGGUAAUGCUAGGACUGCUAAAAACGAUAACAGUUCUAGGUUUGGGAAAUAUUUAGAGGUCUAUUUCAAACAGGGAUCUAUUAUAAGUGCCAAAGUUACUGAAUAUUUAUUGGAAAAAUCUAGAAUUGUAACUCAGGCUCCGGGGGAACGUAAUUAUCAUGUUUUUUACGAACUCUUGGGAGCUUUGGGUCCUUCGGAACGACAAAAGUAUGGACUUGUGGAUGCUGAUAAAUAUUUUUAUUUAAAUCAAGGUGGUGGAGAUUGCGGACCUGGACACUCAGGAUCGGGAGCUGAUUGGAACGCUCUAACAAGAGCUAUGCAAGUUUUGGGUAUAGGCGAAGCCGAACAAGAAGUAGUCAUUAAAAUAUUAGCCUCGGUAUUACAUUUAGGAAACAUAUAUUUCCAUCGAAGACAACUUAGGCACGGUCAGGAAGGCGUCGAAGUUGGUUCGGAAGUGGAAAUCAAGUGGGCCGCUCACCUUUUACAAAUUUCUUCAUCGGGAUUGCAACGAGCCUUGACAUCGAGAAUCACCGAAGCGAGGGCUGAAAAAGUUUAUUCGCCGUUAACGAUUGACCAAGCAUUAGAUGCGAGAGACGCGUUUGCGAAAUCGCUAUAUUCCGUACUGUUCAAUUGGUUAGUAACUAGAAUCAACUCGAUAGUCCAAAAAGGCGGCCUUUACGAUGCGGCACGAAUAUGUCUAUUGGAUAUUUUCGGUUUCGAGAAUCUCAACGAGAAUUCGUUCGAGCAAUUAUGUAUAAAUUUCGCCUCCGAGUCUCUACAGCUCUAUUUUAAUAAGCAUGUAUUUAAAUUAGAACAACAAGAAUAUUUCAAAGAAAGACUAGAAUGGACGAACCUAGCAUGGAACGACAACACCCCCAUAAUCCACCUGUUGGGAAAGAAACCCGUGGGUAUUCUGCAUCUUCUGGACGAUGAAAGCAACUUCCCCAAAGCGUCAGAUUCCUCAUUUUUGGAAAAAUGCCACUACAACCACGCCCUCAACGAAAAUUAUUGUCGACCUAGAGUCGGUGCCAGAGAAUUCGGGAUUCGUCAUUAUGCCGGACAAGUAUGGUACUCCGUCGACGGUUUCUUGGACAAAAAUAGAGAUGCUCUAAGACCUGAUGUGAUCGAACUUAUAGCUUCAAGUAAAAACGAUUUAAUAAGUGCUAUAGCUAAACCUCUAUUGCAUAAUAUCCAAACUAGGACGCUUCCCAGGGGAACCAACGGAAGAUUCGUCACAAUGAAACCCAGAACACCAACUGUUGCUGCUAGAUUCGGGGACAGUCUGCAUACUUUACUGGAAUCGAUGUCGAGGUGUAAUCCGUGGUUUAUAAGGUGCGUCAAACCAAACAGCGACAAAGCACCAAUGAGAUUCGAUAUGCCGGUGGUACUAGAACAACUUAGAUAUACAGGAAUGUUGGAUACUAUUAAAAUAAGACAAUCUGGUUAUCCUGUAAGGAUGAAAUUCCACCAUUUUGUCGAUAGAUAUAGAUACUUAUUGGUGAAAAUACCUCGAGGAGCACCUUACAGAGAUCUUUGUAGAGCUAUCUUAGAUCAUAUUCCACCAACAGAAACAGAAGGACCAGAUUAUCAAUUGGGCGCUACAAGAGUCUUCCUACGUGAAAGCCUCGAAAGGAGAUUGGAAUUAGCUCGCGGAGAGUCCCUGAAAGGAGCCGCAGUCCUGAUACAAAAGAACAUUAGAGGAUUUUUGGCUAGGAAAAAUUACAAAAAAAUCAGGGCGAGCGCUGUGACGAUUCAAAAACACUGGAAAGGCUACAAACAAAGAACCAAUUACCGAACUGUGAAAAGAGGCGUUAUAAAAGCGCAAGCAUUACAUCGAGGGAGAUUGGAAAGGAAGAGAUUCGAAAAAAGGAAGGCGGAAUAUAGGAGAAAAGUAGAUGCCGAAAAAAUAGCUAAGGAAAGAGCGAAACAACGAGCCGCUAGAGAAGCUCAUCUUCAAGCGCAAGCUCAAAAACAAGCCGCUGCCGCGUCGCUAGCCAAAACGUCCAAUACCAAAAUAAACGUCAACCAUUUAGAUAUACCGGCGGAAUUGGCGUUCAUUUUCACCAAAUUGGACAAUUACACACCUCCCCAUACCGAAAAAAGUCUAAUGAAAGUUCUGGGUGGAGUUACAGGUACAUCGCCGCCUCUAAUAUUACCCAACGAUUUGGACCAAUACGAAUUUUCCAAAUUUUCCUCGGUAUAUUUCAAAGGAGCCGAUAUGAGGAUGAAAAAAGAACCGAUAACGGCUCCUUUCCUAUCCAAAGCUGCAGCUAGAGACGAAGAUUUCCAAGACGCGGUAGCUUUGUUCAAACUAAUACUACGUUGGUCUAAUGAUCUCCAAUUAACGGGCACUAGAGAAAAAGCACUAGCCGAUUACAUCAUACAUAAAGGAUUAACCUCCAAAGGUUUAAGGGACGAGCUACUAAUCCAACUGUGUAAUCAAAUACAUCAAAACGAAAAUUCCGAAAGAGUUUGCCAACUGAUGGCGCACUGCGUCAGUUGUUUCCAGCCCAGUCCUUCCUUACACAAGUACCUCCUCAAAUACAUCGGCGAUCAUGUCCCCGAUAACAUCAAAGAAACCCUCCAAAGGAAAAUCACAAGGGGUUUUCAGAGAUCCCCACACGCUCGUACUUACCCCCCCAGUCUAUUAGAAUGGAGAAGCGUACGUCAAGGUUAUAACACAGCUUUAACUCUAACUCUACCCGAUAAAAGUAUUGCUACAGUUAACGUCGAUUCUUGGUCAACUUGCGAAGAAAUCGCUUCUUUAGCCGUAUCUUCUCUAGGAGCCAACUCGGAUGGAUGGACGAUCGUAAUGGACGAUUCAUCAGUCGUAACAGAAGGCAGCGGUUUAGAUUACGUAUUCGAUUUAGUUUCCGAACUAGAAUUAUGUCCGGCAUUUCCGAUUCCUAAAUCGACGAAGCUCAAAUUCGGUUCUAAACGACAACCAGAAUCGCCAAAUACUUCACAUUCGCCGGCCAGACCUCAAGUACCACCUCCGGAACCUCCAACGAAUCGAGAAAGGAAAUUAUCUUCCAACAGGCAUUCUACCCCGAUUCAAGCUACUCCGUCCAGAAAGUCUUCAAAAGAAUAUUCCAGACCUCCACCGCCUACGUCAAGAAAAACCUCACACGACGCUUUAUCCAGAAACUCGGCUCUCAACGAAAGAUAUUUCGACAUAGAGAAAGCCAGAUCUAGAAGCUUAGAUAAUCUUCUAAGCGAACCAGAACCGAAUCCGCUAGCCGAUCUAGGUUUGAGUCAAUCUUCUAAACUAAACGAAAGAUACCAUUCAGUCGAACAACUGAGUCUAAUCAAACCGGUUAUAUCUCCACCGACUUACCUUCCUAAACAAGAAGAAUUCGAAUACCCCGAUGUAUCUAGUGUCAGUACUUCCCAUAGGGGUGGUCCGAGAUAUAUCAAAUCGUCUUACGCCGGUAAAAAAGCGCCGCCCGGUUCCCAUUCCAGUAAAGCCCACAUCGAAAAAUCAGAAUUCGGCGGAAUCAGAAGCUCGGCUAUGUCCGAUACCAGCGAAGCACCAAGUCUGGCAAGUCACGUGAGAAGAGUUAGAGUACCAAGUCAAGCUUCGGACGUCGAUCAAUUCUUAGACGAAUUAUUCAGUCCGGUACUAGAUGGUAAUCUAGAUGAAUUGAGUGAUGCUAGAUCGAUAGCAGCUAGUGUUAAAGGAGGAAAUUUAAUCGGAUCCAAAUACGACGAACAUAUACUAGAUAAAUUUCUAGAUAACGUAUCAGAAAAUAUUGCUACCACAGUUGAUAGUAAAAAUAAUAAUUUAGGUACUUUCUUAAACGAUAUUUUUGACGAUUUAGUUAUCGACGAUAUAAAUAUGUCGGAAACAAAUAGAAUUAUCGAUAAAGUUAAAGGAGGAGGCGAUAAAUUCGGUAAAGGUAACGGAGAUAACGCAGCUUUAGAUAAAGAAGUAGAAAAUUUAACUAGCAAAAAUAAAAACGGCGAUAACGUAGACGAUUAUAUCAGCGAUCUUUUCAAACCGAUAUUUAUCAACGACAGCGUGAAAAAUCUCACAGAAAAAAAUUUGAUAGAUAGCAUAAAAGGUGGAGGAACUACUCAAGGAGACGCCAGUACCUCGAGUUACGCUUUACCUCCAAUAUCUUCGCCUAUGGUAAACUCCUCGCAAUUAAUGAUGCCUCUUUUGAGUCCUACGCAAGAAGGUUUAAUGCCUUUAUUUAACAUACCGGGUUUACAACAAAACGGUACCGAUAUAGCCGCUUUCCAACAGAAUUUACAAAGGGCGUUCCUACAAUCAGCCAUGGCUCAAAAUAUCCAAAUCCAACAACAACUACUAGCGCAAAAUCAAGCUCUACAACAAUUAUUAAGUCAACAGAACUCUUUAUCCAGCGACGUUAACGAUUCAAUAACUACUACAGUCAAAGCGCAAGUACAUCAACCCAGUAAUCAACAAAGAAAAUCUAGUUUCAAAAUUAAUAAUACUAGAAAAUCCAGUUCGCCAAAUAACGAUUUUAAAUCACGUAAAGCUAGUUCGGAUUCUAACCAGAGUAAAAACGGUAGUAUACCACCUCCGCCGCCGCCACCCCCGAUGCCUCCACCGUUAGAAGCCACCGAUCCCAACGAAGUUAGACCGUUUCUGGAUCCGUACGGUAGAGCUAAAACCGUACGAAUCGGUAAAUGGAGAUGGCCUCCGCCAAAAGAUUGCGUCAAUUCGGAAUCCAGCGAAGAUUUCAUGCACUUCAAAAUGAGGCAGCAUCAACGUAAACUAACACCAAAUAAAGAUCAAUCGUUAACGGUGAUUAACGGGCACAAUUAUACCAGAAACGAAUGGGAGGAAAUAGAAUUCGAAUCGCCUCCAAGAGAAAACGAAAAAACGCCGAAAGCUAAUACUAAAAGGGCGUUCGAAAUCGGAGCGGCUAGACCGUCUCCCGGAUCUGUAGGUAAACUCAAAUUGAGUUCGGAAAUGAAGAAAAGAUUAGAGAUGGUAACGGCGAAUCAUUCUGUUAGAUCGUCUAGCAGCACCGAUAAACCUACUAGAGCCGUUAAUAAAUUGGAGGAUACCCGUAAGAUGAUGUUGGAGCAACAACUUACGGGUAGAUGGGGAGAUGAUUCUAGAGAUGAUAGUGGAAAAUCUAGUCCGGAGACUCCUUUGAAUAACGGUACCAAAUCUCCAACAUCGCAAAGUUGGGGUAGUUCCAAUUGGAAACCGGGACCGCCACCUCCACCCGUCGGUCCACCUUCUCUUCCUCCGGCGCCUUUAGGACCGGCUCCUCCACCGCCAGUAAUACGUCCCCAUAAUCAACCGGAAUCCUCAUUUAUGCUUCAAAGACAAGAUAGAGACACUUUCGGCGUUCACCAGAAUUUGAUUAAUCAGGAUAAUUCCAAAAGGAACUCCUUCAGCACCAACUGGGAUGUACAAAGUAAUAUUACUCAAGAUACUACAGAUGAUGGACAAGAAUGGACCAAAGACAAAAGAGACGGACGAAGAGAUAGCUGGGAUUUGGGGGAAACUACGACGAACACAUCGAUGGACGCUAAACACAUGAUGGAAAUGUGGGAUAGAAACGAAAUGAAAUUCGAGAAAAAUAGAAAAGUACGAAAAGCAUCUAAUCAGGAAUCGAUGGAACGACCACCGACUUUCAAAACUCACAUGCUAUCGAAAAGCGCGCAGGAAAGGGAAAAGAAACAUUCCACGGGAUCCGUACAAUUUUUGGAUAAAAUCGAUAAACCGGAAGUGAACGAUUGGCCGGAAUUCAUGCGUCCAAUUCAAACACCACCAACUAAAUCUCCUAUUACCACGCAACCGGCGCACCAGGAAAAAGAAAAAUCGCCAAAAACCGCAGCUUCCAGUCUCCUUCCGCCCGGCACGACGGCCUGCGUCACUUACAAUCGCGUACCGUGGUUACUGAGGGUACGCAAAGAAGUAUUUUCGCCAUCUGAACCACUAGGUCAUCUCACUACCAUGCAUUUGAUAUUCUGCCAAGUAGUUAUGGACGUUUACGGCUUAACGCCUUGUAUAAGAUUGACUCAGAGCGAAAAGAGAGCCGGGAUUAAUAUGUUGUCGGGAUACGGAAUCACCGCCGACAAUUAUAAUAAUAAUCAUAAAGCCAACGUUAAGAGGACUGUCAUCGAAUUGGCAAGGACUUGGCCGUUAUAUUUUUCUAGGUUAUUUCCCGUAUCCGGCGCUGCACAAUUGUCCGAUAUACAAUUUGUGGCUAUAUCUCAUUGGGGCAUUCAUUUGGUCAAGAAAGAACAAAAUACUCUUCAGGUGUUGAAUUCUUAUUCUUUAUCGGAAAUUUCAUCGUGCACGGCUCCAAGACCAACGAACAUCAUCUUAGACAUACCGCAAGGAAAGUUAAAUUUGUAUACACCGAGAGCUCAACAGCUAUCUGAAAUUGUCAUGAGGUUCUGUAACGAAAAUAGAAAGAUACAGUCGAAAAAUCAUUGGGACGCUACGUCUCCUCAACGUACUCGUUCGCCGCAAACGGAUUCUUUCGAAAACAUUACUACGAAUAAUGUGAAUACGACAACUACCAAAUCUAGAGUAUCAGUUCAAGAAACGUCCCCUAAACAACAGCGUCAUCCGAGGGAUUUAAGGGACGAUGAAGUACAAUCUCCAAAUAGUCCCGUACCUUCUAGCGGAAAAUAUUCACUAUUACAAUUCGCGAUGUACAACUUCAGGCAGUUCUCAGAAUCGGAAAACCAGAAAAUUGAUUCCAUGGCCAAAUUGAAAGAAAAAAGAAAAGAAUGGACGUGGAAACAACACACGGAUCUUAUAAAAUGGCAAGGAGUACCGAUCGACGGUCCAUUAUUGAGACUACACGACCAACAAAUGACGCCAUUAGCUAUCGAAUGCUUCGAAUGUAUCUUAAGAUAUUGCGGGGAUUUACCAUUAACUCCAGAUAUGUCCGAAGUUAAAUGCGUCUAUACCGUCUUAAUGCAUUGUCACAAAUUCACGCAGCUACGCGACGAAGUCUACUGCCAAUUAAUGAAACAAACGACCAGCAACAAAUCUCCCCAUCCGGAAUCUUGCCAAAGAGCUUGGAGACUCCUUUCGAUAGUCGCAGCAUAUUUCGCUUGCUCCGACGUUCUUAUUCCAUAUCUUACCGAACAUCUGACCAGCGCGGCAAACGACAGAAGAAGAGUAUGUCAUGGAACGGCCGCCGUAUGUCUAUCGAAUUUGAGAAAAACCCAAAGAUGCGGCGGCAGGAAGAACGUACCUUCCGUCGAGGAAGUUACAGCAGUUAGCGCCGGAAGGAGUGCUAGAAGACAGAUCUAUAGGUUACCCGGCGGAGCCGAAAGAGUUGUUAAUACCAGGUGUAGUACAGUAGUGGCGGACGUCAUCGGCGAGUUGUGUAAUUUAAUCGGCGUAACAAACGAAAUUGAACAACAAGAAUUCAGUUUGUACUGUAUAGUACAAGGCGAUGCGUUUACUAUGCCUCUAGCCGCAGACGAAUACAUAUUAGACGUUACAACUGAGUUACAUAAAGCCGCACAACCUUUCUACUUAAUAUUCUGCCGAUCGGUUUGGUACCAUCCCCUCAAACACGAUUCUAGUCCGUUAUACACCGAAGUAUUGUUCAAUCAAGUAGCUCCGGAUUAUCUGGAAGGUCUUCUUCUUCGUUUGGGUAGUACCAGUCUACCUUCGAGUAUAAUAAGGGACAUGUCUUUGAUCGCGGCUCUACUACAUCGAGCUGCAGAUCUAGGUCAUUCGCCUAGUCUUAAAGAAGUGAAAUUUUUGUUACCCAAACCGGUAUUGGCGUUGCGAGAACCCCGACCUGCGCAAUGGUUAGCCUUAGUUCAAACGACUUGGGGACAAGCGGCUAAUUUAUCAGUUUCCACGGCUAAACAUCGAGUACUGCAAGUGUUAACUAAUUGGUCGUUGUUCGGUAGUUCUUUUUUCGCCGUUAAAAAAGUACUAGGAGAAAACGACAAUUGGCAGGAACAUAUAUUGGCUUUGAAUAAAAACGGGGUGCAUUUCUUGGAUAUGAACACGCACGAAACGAUUCAUCAUUGGCCUUUCGCGGAGGUUAUUAGUACUAGGAAGGUGCGAUCCGAAGACGGCGCUUUAUUUUUGGAUAUGAAAUGCGGUAACUUGUUACAACAGAGGGUUACUAGGCUACAGACUGAACAAGCGCACGAAAUUUCGAGGCUAGUAAGACAGUACAUCAAUUUGGAACAAGAACAAAGUAUUAGGUUACAUAAUUAGGGAAAAAAAAACUAAUUAAAUGUGUAAAUUAUGUACUGUAUGUACUGUACGCCCUGUAUUUCCAUGAAGAUUCAAGUCUAAUUGCAGGUAAAAGUUAAAAUUUUUUGUUAUGUAGUGUUUAACAGUGAAAAAUCUUUACCUCGAAAUACGGGGUGUGUUUUAGGAAGGGUUUCUUAUAAUUGAUACAAUAAAUAUAAUUAUAAACAUCGUAAAAAAUUAUAUAUUACGUAAUAGUCCAUCAUUUCGACGUUUUGUUUUUCGAGACAUAUGUUUUCUUAAGAAAUUUUUCAAAAUUAUUGUUUUGACUCAGUACUCGACUCUAUAAUGUACGAUCAAAAUAAUUUUUGACUGAUUAUUACCGAAUUUUGACUCAUAUUACACUAAUCCAAAUAUUUUUUUUCGUAAUACAUCGUAUUAAUUUAUAAAACAAACUUCAACUUCUUCGUUUAAGGUCAAAUACUUUUCUUUGCUGUACAAGAACACUCGGGGGGUUCCACCUGAACUGUAUGGUCCGUAUGGUGGUUUGCAACCCAAUUAUUUCAAUCUGUAACAUGAUUUUUAUCGUUUUCUUCACUGUUUAAACAUUAUUGUUUCAUAAAAUAUGAUAGGAAUAAUGAAUAGUAUCUUUAUCGUAAGAAUUUUUGGCUAAAAACUUUCAGGGUUGUGCAGAAACAAUCAGGGAGUUCGAUCUGAACUGUAAGAUGGUUUGCAACCCAAUUAUUUCAAUUUGGACAUGAUUUUUAUCGUUUUCUUCACUUUUUAAACAUAAUGUUUCAUAAAAUAUGAUAGGAAUAAUGAAUAGUAUCUUUAUCGUAAGAAUUUUUGGCCAAAAACUUUCAUAGUUGUCCAAAAACAAUCAGGGAGUUCGAUCUGAACUGUAAGAUGGUUUGCAACCCAAUUAUUUCAAUUUGGACAUGAUUUUUAUCGUUUUCUUCACUUUUUAAACAUAAUGUUUCAUAAAAUAUGAUAGGAAUAAUGAAUAGAAUCUUUAUCGUAAGAAUUUUUGGCCAAAAACUUUCAGGGUUGUGCAGAAACAAUCAGGGAGUUCGAUCUGAACUGUAAGAUGGUUUGCAACCCAAUUAUUUCAAUUUGGACAUGAUUUUUAUCGUUUUCUUCACUUUUUAAACAUUAUUGUUUCAUAAAAUAUGAUAGGAAUAAUGAAUAGUAUCUUUAUCGUAAGAAUUUUUGGCCAAAAACUUUCAGGGUUGUGCAGAAACAAUCAGGGAGUUCGAUCUGAACUGUAAGAUGGUUUGCAACCCAAUUAUUUCAAUUUGGACAUGAUUUUUAUCGUUUUCUUCACUUUUUAAACAUAAUGUUUCAUAAAAUAUGAUAGGAAUAAUGAAUAGUAUCUUUAUCGUAAGAAUUUUUGGCCAAAAACUUUCAGGGUUGUGCAGAAACAAUCAGGGAGUUCGAUCUGAACUGUGUGAUGGUUUGCAACCCAAUUAUUUCAAUUUGGACAUGAUUUUUAUCGUUUUCUUCACUUUUUAAACAUUAUUGUUUCAUAAAAUAUGAUAGGAAUAAUGAAUAGAAUCUUUAUCGUAAGAAUUUUUGGCCAAAAACUUUCGUAGUUGUCCAGAAACAAUCAGGGAGUUCGAUCUGAACUGUAAGAUGGUUUGCAACCCAAUUAUUUCAAUUUGGACAUGAUUUUUAUCGUUUUCUUCACUUUUUAAACAUAAUGUUUCAUAAAAUAUGAUAGGAAUAAUGAAUAGUAUCUUUAUCGUAAGAAUUUUUGGCCAAAAACUUUCAGGGUUGUGCAGAAACAAUCAGGGAGUUCGAUCUGAACUGUAAGAUGGUUUGCAACCCAAUUAUUUCAAUUUGGACAUGAUUUUUAUCGUUUUCUUCACUUUUUAAACAUAAUGUUUCAUAAAAUAUGAUAGGAAUAAUGAAUAGAAUCUUUAUCGUAAGAAUUUUUGGCCAAAAACUUUCAUAGUUGUCCAAAAACAAUCAGGGAGUUCAAUCUGAACUGUAAGAUGGUUUGCAACCCAAUUAUUUCAAUUUGGACAUGAUUUUUAUCGUUUUCUUCACUUUUUAAACAUAAUGUUUCAUAAAAUAUGAUAGGAAUAAUGAAUAGUAUCUUUAUCGUAAGAAUUUUUGGCCAAAAACUUUCAGGGUUGUGCAGAAACAAUCAGGGAGUUCGAUCUGAACUGUGUGAUGGUUUGCAACCCAAUUAUUUCAAUUUGGACAUGAUUUUUAUCGUUUUCUUCACUUUUUAAACAUUAUUGUUUCAUAAAAUAUGAUAGGAAUAAUGAAUAGAAUCUUUAUCGUAAGAAUUUUUGGCCAAAAACUUUCGUAGUUGUCCAGAAACAAUCAGGGAGUUCGAUCUGAACUGUAAGAUGGUUUGCAACCCAAUUAUUUCAAUUUGGACAUGAUUUUUAUCGUUUUCUUCACUUUUUAAACAUAAUGUUUCAUAAAAUAUGAUAGGAAUAAUGAAUAGAAUCUUUAUCGUAAGAAUUUUUGGCCAAAAACUUUCAUAGUUGUCCAAAAACAAUCAGGGAGUUCGAUCUGAACUGUAAGAUGGUUUGCAACCCAAUUAUUUCAAUUUGGACAUGAUUUUUAUCGUUUUCUUCACUUUUUAAACAUAAUGUUUCAUAAAAUAUGAUAGGAAUAAUGAAUAGUAUCUUUAUCGUAAGAAUUUUUGGCCAAAAACUUUCAGGGUUGUGCAGAAACAAUCAGGGAGUUCGAUCUGAACUGUAAGAUGGUUUGCAACCCAAUUAUUUCAAUUUGGACAUGAUUUUUAUCGUUUUCUUCACUUUUUAAACAUUAUUGUUUCAUAAAAUAUGAUAGGAAUAAUGAAUAGAAUCUUUAUCGUAAGAAUUUUUGGCCAAAAACUUUCAGGGUUGUCCAAAAACAAUCAGGGAGUUCAAUCUGAACUGUAAGAUGGUUUGCAACCCAAUUAUUUCAAUUUGGACAUGAUUUUUAUCGUUUUCUUCACUUUUUAAACAUAAUGUUUCAUAAAAUAUGAUAGGAAUAAUGAAUAGAAUCUUUAUCGUAAGAAUUUUUGGCCAAAAACUUUCAUAGUUGUCCAAAAACAAUCAGGGAGUUCGAUCUGAACUGUAAGAUGGUUUGCAACCCAAUUAUUUCAAUUUGGACAUGAUUUUUAUCGUUUUCUUCACUUUUUAAACAUAAUGUUUCAUAAAAUAUGAUAGGAAUAAUGAAUAGUAUCUUUAUCGUAAGAAUUUUUGGCCAAAAACUUUCAGGGUUGUGCAGAAACAAUCAGGGAGUUCGAUCUGAACUGUAAGAUGGUUUGCAACCCAAUUAUUUCAAUUUGGACAUGAUUUUUAUCGUUUUCUUCACUUUUUAAACAUAAUGUUUCAUAAAAUAUGAUAGGAAUAAUGAAUAGUAUCUUUAUCGUAAGAAUUUUUGGCCAAAAACUUUCAGGGUUGUGCAGAAACAAUCAGGGAGUUCGAUCUGAACUGUGUGAUGGUUUGCAACCCAAUUAUUUCAAUUUGGACAUGAUUUUUAUCGUUUUCUUCACUUUUUAAACAUUAUUGUUUCAUAAAAUAUGAUAGGAAUAAUGAAUAGAAUCUUUAUCGUAAGAAUUUUUGGCCAAAAACUUUCAUAGUUGUCCAAAAACAAUCAGGGAGUUCGAUCUGAACUGUAAGAUGGUUUGCAACCCAAUUAUUUCAAUUUGGACAUGAUUUUUAUCGUUUUCUUCACUUUUUAAACAUAAUGUUUCAUAAAAUAUGAUAGGAAUAAUGAAUAGAAUCUUUAUCGUAAGAAUUUUUGGCCAAAAACUUUCAUAGUUGUGCAGAAACAAUCAGGGAGUUCGAUCUGAACUGUGUGAUGGUUUGCAACCCAAUUAUUUCAAUUUGGACAUGAUUUUUAUCGUUUUCUUCACUUUUUAAACAUUAUUGUUUCAUAAAAUAUGAUAGGAAUAAUGAAUAGUAUCUUAAUCGUAAGAAUUUUUGGCCAAAAACUUUCAGGGUUGUCCAGAAACAAUCAAGGAGUUCGAUCUGAACUGUGUGAUGGUUUGCAACCCAAUUAUUUCAAUCUGGACAUGAUUUUUAUCGUUUUCUUCACUUUUUUCUCAUAAAUUCCAAAAUUUAUUUUAAAAAUAAUGAAUAUCGAACAUAAUCGUUCAAUUUUUUUGGAUAAACAGCUGUCUCCAUUGUGUGACAACAAUCAGGAAGUUUCAUUUCAACAGUACAGUGGUUUGAAACCCAAUUAUUUCAAUCUGACCGUGAUUUUUAUGGUUUUCUUCACUUUUUUCUCAUAAAUUCCAAAACUUAUUUCAAAAAUAAUGAAUAUCGAACUUAAUCGUUCAAUUUUUUUGUAUAAACAGCUGUCUCCAUUGUGUGACAACAAUCAGGAAGUUUCAUUUCAACAGAACAGUGGUUUGGAACCCAAUUAUUCCAAUUUGGUCAGGAUUUUAAUCCUUUUUCUUCAAUAUUUUCUCAAAAAGUUUCUCAAACGACGAUAAAAAAUAAUACUAAAUGAUUUUUUUGUCAUUUCGAAAUUUCUAUAACUUUUUUACAAAACAUAACCUCGAAAAACAAAAUUAUAUCAAACAGAAAGUGUUUUAUAUAUCUUAUUAUUUUUCAAGAUAUUAGAACUUUUUUUUAUAUUUCUAUAGGUCUUGUAAAUGUUUAUGUUAAAUAUUAUGAUUCAUAUUUAUUUUAUGUUAGUAUAAAUAAAUAAACAGAAAAUUAAUAGAACCAUGUAUAAAAUUGAAUUUUUGUUAAUUAACAUUUCUAUUUUUUAAUCCAGUUAUUGUAUAUUAUUACUGUUGCUAUAUUCCAUCAAAAAAUUGAUAACAAUAAAUAAAGUUUUACGUAAAA